AUGGCUCCAUCCACGGCAACCGAUCUCUUCCAAUGUCAUAUCAAUACUUUAGGUUGCUUUCAAAUUACACCAAAGUUCGCGGGUGACUUCGCAACUCAUCAACUAAAGCUUGAUAAUAUACAGCUUCGCCUUUCCCGCUUGGGCGAAAUUGGUAUUGAUACGAUCGACAACGCUGAUAAUGACGCAAAUGAGGUGGAAAGAGUACUUGGCGAUAUCGGGGAUCGUAUAGAGCGUGCUAAACGCGAGACAUCAACACCAGAGAAUGAGAUAGGCAGGGACGUGGGAUCAAAUUUUCCGAGUGAUUUGAAGAAAAUUCGGAACCAGUUCAUGAAAUCCCUUGACGGCCGCAAAUUUCAAGCAUCCAAGGAUACUAAAAUCGAGAGGCGGGAUUUUGAGAAAGAGGAACUCUUGGACAACUUUAUAAAAAAUAUGUGCGAACUAAUGGAUGAUCUCGAAAGAACCAUCCCGGAGGCUAAACGUGAGGUCCUCCUUAAGCUCAGUGAUGAAGAAUGCAAAGGGUUGAGCAAGUCUAAUCUAGAGGAGCUCAAGCGGAUUCUUCAGGGAUGCGAUCCGUGGCUUGAGAAGUCUGUGGAUAAACAGCUGGAAGCUAAGGACAAAGGGAAUGUCAUCAAACAGUCUCGCAAUCAAGGUACGACAAUUGGGGUACAAUAUGGCGACAACAAGGGUAUUACCAACGGUGAUAACAACAGGCAACGAAUGGCCUUCAACUAA